AUGGCACCGAGGCCCAAGAAGGAGAAGAUAGUUCUCUCGGACUUCAAGCCCUCGCAAUCUUUCCUCGAGACGGUGUCGACGUCUUCGCUGAACUACCGGGAAUGUGCCCUCCAGGAGAUUAUGGCUCUGAUUGCGCACGACCCGGACGACUCGCUCGACGAAUAUCUGGCCACGGCAUUAUACUACGGAGCGACAGAGUCCGAGAUCCAGAAUGUCGUCUUCCAAUCGAGCUUCCAUUUUGGACCCUCCAAGGCGAUCACGACGCGAAGUCGCGUGGUCGCGAGCCUCCAAUCCCUGAUGGGCCCUCUGCACCACGCCCUCAACAGCACGUACGUGGAGAAAGAGGUCUCCGUCGGGGAUCACCGCACGGUCGUGAAGGACUCGAACCCGCACAGCCAGUCGAUCCCCAUCGUCCUCAUCCACGCGCUGGCGCUCGACCGGCGCAUGUGGGAUGCCGUCUUUAGCAGACUGGUCGCCACGGCGGGUAGCAGCAGCAUCCGGGUGAUCGCGUACGACAUGCGAGGACACGGCUACGCAGCACACGCUCCCCACGCGCGCUCCCUCACCCAACUUGCCUCGGACCUGCACUGCAUCCUCGACGCGCUCAAGAUCGCCAAAGCGGACGUCUACGGCCAAUCGUACGGCGGCGCCGUGGCACAGUACUUUGCGCUGGCCUACCCGGACCAGACGCGCAGUUUGGGCCUGAUCACCACGGCGGGCGAGGCUCAACCGUCGUGGAUCACGCGCGCGACGCGAGCCGAGGAGGCGCAGUCCGUGGCCCCCUUGCUGCCCGAGACCAUCAUCCGCUGGUUCACCCCGGAGGCCAUUGCGCGCAAUGAAUGGGGCGUCCGCUACGCGAGGUCAUGCGUCGAGAGGAUCUCGCUGAGCGAUUGGGCGGACGCGUGGCGCUGCAUGAGCCAGCUCGACUCGCUACAGAGUCUGAGCGCGGGGAAGGUCAAGUGUCCCGUCCUGCUGGCCUGCGGUGUCCAGGACGCGAGUACGGGGCCCAAGUGGAUGACCCGGCUCAGGGAAGCGUGUGAAGCCGGGGGCAACACCGGGGUCGUUUACAAGGAAAUCGACCCGGGCGUGCAUAUGAUGGCGUUGGAGCAAGGCGAAGUGCUGACGCGGGAAAUCCUGGCGUUUAGACGGAGAGUUGAUGAGUUGGGAGGGUGA